AUGCCCGCCCACACCCAUUUCUCGGAGGACCCUCCGCAGGUCCUCAACCAACGUGACUUGGACCUCGCCAAUGAGCGGCUGAGGAGGCCCAACUCACACGGCCAGGGUUCCAGCUCCGAGAACAUCGAGAAGCAGGAGGAAUCUGGCCUUCCCACCGGCAACGCGAACAACCUCGAGAGGCUCGGCACCAACGACAAGUACGAGAUCACCGAGGAUGACUGCUACGACGAGCUGGGCUACUGCUUCCCCACGUGGAAGAAGUGGUCCAUCCUGACGGUCAUCUUCUGGGUCCAGGUGUCGAUGAACUUCAACACCUCUCUGUACUCCAACGCCAUUCCUGGCAUCGCUGAGGAGUUCCAUGUCAGCGAGCAGGCGGCGCGGUGCGGUGCCAUGAUCUUCCUGGUUCUCUACGCCUUUGGUUGCGAGCUCUGGGCGCCGUGGUCGGAAGAGUUUGGCCGCUGGCCGGUCCUGCAGCUCUCCCUGUUCCUGGUCAACAUCUGGCAGCUUCCUGUCGCGUUGGCGCCCAACUUUGCCUCCAUCAUGGUUGGUCGUGCUCUCGGUGGUCUCUCCUCGGCUGGUGGCUCCGUCACCCUGGGAAUGAUUGCGGAUAUGUGGGAGGCGGAUAACCAGCAAUACGCUGUCGCCUACGUCGUCUUUUCCUCUGUCGGUGGAUCCGUCCUGGGCCCCAUUGUCGGUGGCUUUACCGAGAAGUAUCUGGCCUGGAGAUGGUCCAUCUGGGUCCAGCUCAUUCUCGGCGGCUUCGUCCAGCUGCUCCACUUCUUCACCGUCCCCGAGACCCGAACCACCAUCAUCAUGAACCGCAUUGCCAAGAAGCGCCGUGAGGCGACGGGCCAGAACAUUUGGGGACCCGAUGAGCUUGUGCCUUUCCGGGACCGCUUCUCCGCCAAGGAGGUUCUCACCACCUGGGUCCGCCCAUUUAAGAUGUUCCUCACGGAGCCCAUUGUCCUGGUGCUCUCCCUGCUUUCUGGCUUUUCCGACGCCCUCAUCUUCAUGUUCAUCCAGUCUUUCGCCCUGGUGUACCAGCAGUGGGGAUUCGGCACUGUGGAGAUUGGAUUGAGCUUCAUCCCCAUCGGUGUCGGCUAUGUCAUUGCCUGGCUCCUCUUCAUCCCGGCCAUCAAGCGCAACAUCAAGGAGCGACAGGCCAAGCCCAACGACGAGCGUGCUCAGUACGAGUCCCGUCUCUGGUUCCUCUUGUACACGGCCCCUUGCUUGCCUAUUGGCCUCAUUGGCUUCGCCUGGACCAUCCAGGGCCCUCCCAUUCACUGGAUCGGCUCCAUGAUCUUCGUUGCCAUUGUCGGCAUUGCCAACUACGCCAUCUACAUGGCCACGAUCGACUACAUGAUCUGCGCCUACGGCCCCUACUCUGCCUCCGCCACUGGUGGUAACGGCUGGGCUCGAGACUUCUUGGCCGGUGUUCUCACCAUUCCAGCCCUGCCCUUCUUCAACAACAUUGGCAGGUCGAGCGGACACAACUUGGAAUACGCUAGCACCAUCCUCUUCUGCAUCUCCUUCUGCCUUGUUGUGGCUGUUUACAUCAUCUACUGGAAGGGCCCUGAACUGCGCCACCGAUCGCCCUUUGCUCAGCGGCUGGCCGAUGCUCGCAUGGAGCAGACUAACGAAGGCCGCCGUGGCAGCAUUCCGUACGAUCCUGCGACGCGCCGAUCCUCCGUUGCAUCAGCGUCUAGUCACCAGCAGCGGCCCGACGCUACCAGGCGGUUCAGCCAGCAGCAUCGCUUCUUUGGCGAGAGCAGAGUCACUCCCCGGGGUACUCCCAGAGGAACGCCCGCUGCUAGCCGGCGGCCGUCUGUCAACGUUCCGAGAAACAAAUAA